AUAAAUGAUGGCCGUGACUUUGAAAGCAUCAAAGCAUCGCGGACCGAAGCGAAGUGCAAUAAGGUUCCUCGUGUAGUCGAAACACACCACACACACCUGAUCCGACAUCAGGACCAUGAAGAUUUUUAUAUUGGCAACGAUAGUGGGGCUAGCUUCGGCCAGUCAUUACGGCGAAGAAGAACACGGGCACGGCGGAACGACGUACCACGAAACCUCGAAACCAGUCGAGAUACCGAUAUACAAAAAAUAUGCCAUCCCAAUACCGCAUCCGGUGCCAGUCGCCGUUCCCCAGCACAUCAAAGUCCCGAUUCCGCAGCCUUACCAAGUCCAAGUACAGGUUCCGCACCCAGUUCCCGUCGAAGUUAUCAAGCACGUUGAAAUACCGGUAGAAAAACCGGAGCCUUACGUCGUGGAAAAGAAGGUCCCGUACGUUGUUGAAAAACCGUAUCCUGUCACCGUAGAAAAACAUUUCCCGGUACCAAUCCCGAAGCCGUACGCCGUCCACGUACCGGUAUACAAGCACGUCUUCCAUCACCAAAGCAGCAAAGGACACGGAGGCUGGAAGCACUGAUCCGCGCGCAGAUUUACGUUCAACGAUCGACGCUAAUUGCCAAAAAGAAAGAGAAAGAAGAA